AUGCAUUCCCCCGGACCACUUCUCGUACUACUCUUGAUCGCCACCCUCAAUCCGGUAACAGCCUAUUGGAAGACAGAAUUCCAUCCUUGCAAGGACAGUCGGACCCACGUGGGCGUAGCAGUCAGUUACCUCUAUUGCGACAUGUACAAGUUCACCAAGGCCGGAUACAAAUGCAACGAGACCACUUGUGUUUCUCCCUCGGUCCUUUGUAUCAAGGAUGGUCGCGAUCCUGUGGAUCAGGCGAAGACGUACCUGAGAGCCACAGGAGCAUGUCAGGAUCUGGACCGUGCGAAAUUCGAGGCUAUUAAGGGGCUGGAUAUGGUCGAGGACGAGGGGCAGAAGCAGCAUAGAUAUUUGUUCACGGAGCGUGUUCGUCCCCGCCGGCCUCUUUUUGUUGUUCGGUAG